CAACGCCAGCGGCCAUGGCAACGAUGCGCUACGGAAUGCGACGGCCACGUCCAUGCGAAGGGCAAAAGGCUCGGUGGAGCAGGCUCUACUUUCCUUGCAGAAACGGCCAAGUGGAGCAGCAUAUAGCAUUGCCAUCAGCGUCCUCCAGAAGAAUAGCCAGUGGCAAAAGGCCUUGGACCUGUUCCAAGACUAUCAGGCUGCAGGCGUCCGAAGCUCUUCUCCAAAGGUCCACAAUGCGGCUCUGGGGGCGGCCUGUGCAGGCGCAGCCUGGCGUCAUGCCCUGGACCUCUUCACCGCCGUGGAGAGCGUGCGCUGCCGUGCGGAUGCGUCGACGUAUACGGCGGCCAUGACGGCAAUGGUGCGGGCCAAGAAGUGGAAAGAGGGCAUGGAGAUUUUCAAGUCCAUGACCGUGGAAGCGGACAUGCCUGCCUUACUCCUGGGCAUCCGGCUUUACGGUGCUUUGGGACAAUACGAAGCUGCCUUAGCAUUGAAACCAGGUGCAGGUCGUUGCCCCGUGGAGAUCUACAACGCGCUUCUUUCCGCCCUCUGCAGUAUGCCCACGGCGUCUACUAGAGAUGCCUUGACCGCGCAAGAACUCGUUAAGGAACUCUUGCGCGAGAUGCGACAGGUCCACGUCAAGUUUUCCCGGGUGAGUUAUGGAUCCGCCCUACAGGCCUUUGGCAAGAACGGCGCUUGGGAGGAGGCCUUGAUGUUGUUGAGAGACAUGUCCUGUGCAAGAAUUCCACCAGAUGCGCAGGCCUUCACCUGCAGCCUCAGCGCCUGCGGUCGCGGGGCUCGGUGGACGCAGGCUUUGGAGCUGAUGAAGCUGGCGCAACGCCGAGGACUGGCGGAUUUACAGCUGCACAACGCUCUGCUGGCCGCCCUAGGGCGUGCGGCGAUGUGGCGCGAGGCAUUGCUGGAGCUGGAGACCCUUGGCGAAGCACGCAGCACAGUCUCCUGGAACGCCAGCAUCACAGCAUGUGCUGAAGCUGUUGAAUGGGCCGCCGCCCUAGCUUUGCUGGCAAGGGCAGCGGAGAGCGCGGCGGAACCCCCUCGCGGUGCCUCCGGUGCCUCCGCGGAUCGGGUGACGUACAAUGCGGCGCUGGCGGCGUGUCGUAACGCCAGCCGCUGGAUCGAGGUGCUAGAACUGCUGACCGCCAUGCGCAGGGCUGAGCUGCAGCCAGAUGACAGCAGCUUUUCCACUGCUCUGGCAGCGUUGCAGCGUGCUGGGCGGCCCUUUCUGGCAGUGCAACUUUUUGAACGAGAGGAAGGGGGUCCUGCAGCCUACACAGCUGCUCUGAAAGCAGCAGCAGAUGCUCAGCUGUGGCAGCUGUCCUUGGUACUGAUAGCAGAGAUGCAGCAGAAAGGGAUGCCUCAGAGCCGCCUUGCGCGGAAGGCGCUGCUGCGGUCCCUGGCCGCGGCGCCUUUCCGCGCCGUUCUUCCGCGGCUGCGGAGGGUGCUGCUGGAGGAGGAGUUGGCAUCGCUCGCCGCGCGCAUGGAGAAGCAGAUGGAACAGCAGGGUGGGCCAUGGCCGGAAGUUCCCGCGCCGCGGCCGCGGCCUUGGCGUUCCGAUGGCGGCCUCAACGACCGGUUUAACGACGGUAACGAACUUCGGUCCAAGAUGUGGCCGGAGUUGGCGAUGGAACCAGUUGGGGCACAAUUUUGGCAAAUCAUGGCCUUCCCACUUCGCUUGGCCCUCACGGUGGGCGCCACGUUGGCCGCGGCCGACGUGGGCGCUGCGAACCGGUCCAAAUUCCUGGGCCGGUCGGCCGUGGAGGUGACGGCCCUUGGCGGGGCUCGAUGUGGUCCUUUGGAUCUGCCGGAGAAUGCGCAGUGUAAGGAGGUGGUGGAAUGGGCCGCCGGCGGUGGUAAGAACGACCCCGCCGCCGAAGGUUGGUUCCGCAACAUGCCCAGCAUUUCCGGAGUCAAAUUUAACCAGGCCAAUGUGGCUGAUUUCCAACGACUCUACUACUGCGCACCUCCGGGCAAAGACAAGUUUUGCGGUGUGCCACCCUGCACCGGGUGCAGCCAGGAGCCUUGCAACGAUUGCUUCGCAGGGCAUCAGAUCUAUGCCUCGUUGAGGCCUGGCUGUGAUGGCAACAACCGAGGUAUCGGAUGUGUGCCACCCAAGUCGGCCAUGGGAUACAAAGGCCAGCAUUGGCCCACCACUGUGGUGUACGGCGUUCAGGAGAUGCACAUCUUCGCCAUUGGCGAUUGGGGCGGCAUGGAUGGAUCCCUGGAUACCAAUGAGGGCCGUCCCAACAUCGUGGCCUACGACUGGGGUAAGCGUCCUGGACCCAGCGUCUUCCCAAGGAGUCGAUGGAACAAGGCACACACUGUGAAGUUCUGUGACCACGACCAGCUGGUGGAAUGUUUCAACACCCGCGGACAACCUCCCUGCACUCCGGAGUGUGGCUAUGUGCCAGGCGUGGAUGACAACCCGCAGAUUUUGGUGGCCAACGCCUUCAAGGCACGCGCCGCCCUGAAAGAUCCGCAGUACAUUUUGAACGUGGGCGACAACUUCUACUGGGGCGGCAUCGAAAAGACCUGUGGAGAGCCCAUGAACAAGAUCUCUUACCCCACCAAGCACCAGUUCGAUCAGAUCUUUGAGGGCGUGUAUCAAGGAGCUGGGCUCAGCGGAAAACCUUGGUUUAGCGUCUUGGGCAACCACGACUGGGGAGGCUUCAAGUUCGACAACGGCUGGGACCAGCAGAUGUCUUACACGUGGGCUUCGGACCGCUGGGUGAUGCCGGCGCCCUACUACAAGACCAGCGUGGUCUAUGCGGACCUGGGCUUUGACGUGGAUUACUACUUCUUGGAUUCCAACUUUGUGGAUGCUAAACCUCCUGAGGAAGAUCCCAAUCACAACAUGUGCUCGCGCAAGAACAACAAACCCUCGGCCACCUGUGCUGCCGCCGAUGGCCCAGUCUCAGUGGACAGCUGCCCCGGGUGGUUCGCCGCGCUGUGGGCGGAGCAGAAGGAGUGGGCCACCCGGCUGUUGCCCAAGAGCCAGGCCACGUGGCAGAUUGCGGUGACCCACUUCCCCUGUGGACACGAACAAGGUUUCUACAAGAGCUUGGCCAACAUGGGCUUGGACCUGCUGAUCACCGGGCAUCGCCAUGACCAGGAGCUCUGGUUCCCCGACGACUUCGCCAAGAACCACAUGGGCAUCACCUGCAUCGUCACCGGUGGAGGAGGCGGAAUCACCUCUGAGGCCACCCCGGAUCCGGACCACACUGAGGACUGGUACGGCGAGGCUCAGUACGGCUUCUAUGACUUGACCAUCAGCAAGAAGGAGAUCUUCAUUGAGUCGGUGAACUACGACGGCGAGGUGUUGUUGACUCACACGGUCUACCCAUCGCGUUGA